GGCCCGGGGAGGAGGAAAUGAACCGGAGGCAGGGGCGGGUUUUCGGCGGGGCCGAGCCUGGGACGUCCCGCAGGGCGAGCGCGGCCAUGGCGCUCCUGCUCUCGGCUCUGCGCGUCCUGCUGGGCGGCUUCUUCGCGCUCACGGGGGCGGCCAAGCUCUCGGAGCAGCUCUCGGCUCCGGUGUCGGAGCAGAUGAAAGCCCUGUUCGUGCAGUUUGCCGAGGUGUUCCCGUUGAAGGCGUUCGGCUACCAGCCAGAUCCAGUGAGCUACCAAACAGCUGUGGGCUGGCUGGAACUGCUGGCUGGGUUGCUGCUGGUCACGGGCCCACCGAUGCUGCAAGAGAUCAGUAACUUUUUCUUGACCCUGCUCAUGAUGGGGGCUAUCUUCACCUUGGUGUCUCUGAAAGAGUCACUAAGCACCUGCAUCCCAGCCAUCGUCUGCCUGGGGUUCCUGCUGCUGCUGGAUAUCUGCCACCUCUUAGCCUAAACUAAGAGGGUGGUCAGACUCACUGUGAAGAAGACUCCAAGUGCCUUCAAGGAAUCAUGGGAAUAGAGAGUCUUUGCUCUUCAUGCCAUGCAGCUGUCACAGCAGGAACAGGGUAGAACACACGGAGUCUACCACCUUGUUACCAACACGUCCGGGGCCAUCCAGUACUGAAGGAGAUGUCUGCUGGGCCCUGCCUUUUCUCUUUAAACUUUACUGCUCUUUUUUGAGGGGUACAUGUUAUACACAUUAACAUUCCUUAUGUCUUAUGAAAAUUGGAAACAAGCAGAAAAGAAGUUUAAAUCAACCAAAAUUCUAAUGCUUCAAAAUAAUCACUUUUAAUGCCUUAAUAUAACUGCACCUCUCAACCUUUUUCUGUGCCUUUAUACAGACACAUUUUUUAAUUAAAAUGAGACCAUAUAUCCUACUUUAUUACCUAUUUUUUUAAACCUAAUAUACUGUAACACCAUUCCAUGUUUAGUUUGCCUCAUUGAUGUUACUGACUGCAUAGUAUUCAAUUGUAAGGAUGUAUUAUAGUAUAUUUGCUCAACCCUUCAUGAGGAACAUUUGGGUUCUUAAUUUUUUGCUGUUGUAAACCUCGUAGUAAAUCAGCUUUGCAUAGUUAACUUUCUCUAGAAGUCCAAAAGGCAGUCCUAAGGUUUUAAAUGCCUAUUUAAAAUUUAUAGUUUUGUGGGGUUUUUUUUUGUUGUUGUUACACAAAACAGCUGCGGUUCAUAAAAUUUAUAGGUUGAGUAUGGCAGAGUUUAAAAGUACCUGCUUCUGCCUGUUGCCUUCUGAGCCACAUGAGAGAUUUCUUCCCAUUCGUUUUUACCUCUCACACUUCUGAUUUGCAGAGCUAACAAACAGGGACAUUGAGUCAUUUUAUAGGACCUGAAGACACCAGCCUCUGGUGGUGAGUUGUCACCCUCAGUCCAGUGCUCCUUGACACCUACAUGGAAGUGGGGGACAGCCAACUCCAUGGGACACUGAAUGGUACAGCAGGGCCCACAGCCUGGGAGGAACCCUAAAGGUCCUUGGGGCUCGGAAAGGUGCACAUGAGUGCCAGUUCUUGAGGGAAAGUGGACAACAUGUUAGGGCACCUGCUAUCAUGUCACCAAUCAUCUUCACCUUAGCCCAGUGGGGGCCUUUUGGGAAGUGAUGUCUCUCCUAUGAAGGAAAAUAGUGGACAAGAAUUCUUUUAUUUAUGCAAAUAUUAUGCAAAUAUUCUAGCCACCAGCCUACAAAUUAUUUUGCGGGUAGGGACAGUGACUUUGGGGAGCCCACAGGAGUGAACAAGGUCGAUGUAUAUUACCCCAUUUCAUGCUCACCACAGAAUGCUAAUUGCUGCUCUUUCACUGACUAGCAUGAAACCCUGGCAAGUUGAUGCCCUUAGUUGGAUUUUUUCUUUCUUGUGUCAAAGCACAGUGAUGUGAUCAACCUACAGCAGGAAUAGAUAUGAAGAAACAUUUUCUCUUACAUAAGAUGUCCAGAGAUAACAUAGCUUUGGUUUCAAUGUUGGCUGUUUAAGAUGAAUAUCAGGCAUCAACAUUCUUUUAGCUUUCUGCUCUGCUGCUCUCAGUUUAUCGGCUACUGCCCUCAGAGCUGCAAAAUAGCUGCAGCAGCUCCAGACAGCACAUUUGCACCUAACAUCCAAAGGUGAAGAGAGGAAAGUUGGUUGAAUUUCCCGUUACAUCUCACUGACCAGAAUUAUGUCAUAUUUCCAUUACUAGAUCAAUCACUGGCAAGGAUUCCUAUGAUGGACUUAGGGUAGUUAAGAUUUACCUACACGGGUCAGCAAGGAAGAAGGAGAGGGUAGAUAAUGGUUUCUGUCACUAGCUAGCUUAUUUGCAAGAUAUGGAUAAUA